CCAGGCACUGAGGCUACUGCUGCUGCUGCGGGUCUGCCUUUUCCCCACCCCUCUCUCUCAGCCCACGCCCCCAGAGAAGUCACGGAGAAGUGGAGGCGGGGUAGCCAGGUCCUGGCGACCCUUUUAAAGCGAUAGGGCAGGGGAUGGACUGCAUUGAGGCGGAGCGACUCCUGCCGAGAGUAGAGGGGCCAACUCAGUGAAUUGAGGGAGAAAGAGCAAGGAGGCGAGCAAGACUCGUAGGCAGAAGCCGCCCGGCGGUGGCUUCAGCCGCGGUGGCGCUGGCCAGAGAAGGAUAGCGCGAAGCCCUCCUUUCUCCAGUCUGGACCAGCCCCACGCUCCCUGUGCCCUCUCCGCCCCUCUCCCCACCAUGCGCACAGGCUAGCAUGCCCACUGUCAGUUAAACCUGCACUCGAAGAGAGGGGCGAGCGGAGAGCGGGACUUGGGGAAACUUUGGGGACCAGGGAGCGCGUGUCGUAGGCGCUCCCACCGCCGCGAUGCUGCCCGCCCUGCUCCUCGCCCUGGUCUGCCUGGGCGACCAGCUCAGCCCCAGCCUGGGCUGCCAGCUGCCGUCCGACUGGAGACCCUUGAGCGAGAGCUGCCGGGCGGAGCUGGCCGAGAUUAUCGUGUACGCCAAGGUGCUGGCGCUGCACCAGGAGAUGUACAGCAUGUACAACUACCUGCCGUGGCAGUACGAAGCCGCCUCCGAGGGAGGGCUUUUCUACUCCGCCGAGAUCGAGAUGCUGUGCGACCAGGCGUGGGGGAGCAUGCUCGAGGUGCCCGCAGGCUCCAGGCUCAACCUCACCGGCCUGGGCUAUUUCUCCUGCCACUCCCACACCGUGGUGCAAGAUUACUCCUACUUCUUCUUCCUCAGGAUGGAUGAAAAUUAUAAUCUCUUGCCUCAUGGAGUCAAUUUCCAGGAUGCCAUCUUUCCAGACACUCAAGAGAACAGAAGAAUGUUUUCCAGUCUCUUCCAGUUUUCCAACUGUACUCAUGAACAGCAGCCUGUGACUUUCUCCAGCGAUUGGGAGAUUCAGGAAGACAACAGGCUCAUGUGUUCAUCGGUACAGAAGGCCCUCUUUGAGGAAGAAGACCAUGUGAAGAAGCUGCAGCAGAAGGUGGCCACCCUGGAGAAACGGAACAAGCAGCUUCGAGACAGGGUGAAGAAGGUCAAGAGAUCCCUGCGCCAGGCAAAGAAGAACAGCCGGCGCAUGGAGCUGAUGACCCGGAAACUUAGUGAAAAGCUGUCCUCUCCAGGGGGUCAGAUUCCUCAUAUCAACUCCCUGAAACAAGAGCAUUCCCACACUAGCUACCUGAAAGUGUAACACAAAUGCCGGUCUCUUGGGAUUUGGUCUUAGAAGUUGUCCCCGUGGGGAGUUAGAAGGGUUGCUGGGCAGCCUCAAGUUAGUGGAGCUUGACUAUCACACUUUUGUAUCAAAGGGGUAGUUUACAAAUGUCUAUAUUUUUAAAUCCCAUAGAAGAUAUUUUUAUUACACCUUUGCUAUAGCCUAAUUUUUCUCAAAACCCAGAAUCAGCCCUACUUGGGGGUCAAUGGCCUUCCUCUCCUCAAUUCAGUUCAUUUAAACAGAUUUAUUAAGCAUCUGUCAUGUACAAGACAUGUCAGUGCCAGGAAUAUGGCAAUGGAAAACUUCCCUCAAAGUUAACAACACACACACAACCAAUUAUAAUAAAAGUUAGAAUAUGAUUAAGUGUAUAGGAGAUGUCAAAGUCAAGCAUGAGAGAUUCAGAAAAGGACAGAUCAGUUCUAACUGAGGGGAAUCAGGGGAGAUUGUGGCAGAAGCUCCUGAGUCCAGCCUUGAAGGAAAAGGAUUCUUUCCUUUUUCUGUUCUUGUUCUCUUUCUUUCUUUUUUCCUUCUCUUCUUCUUCUUCUUUUUUUUUUUUUUGCGGGGCCAUGGGGGUUAAGUGACU